AUGGAGGAGCAGAGAUUAAGGGAUGAGACAGCAGCCGGGGAAUUGAUGGAGGUGAAGGUGGAUGUAUGCGCUGAAGACAUGGACUGCAGCCACGGUGACACAAGGCCUCUGAUUCACGACAGGGAUCCCAAAAGAAUCAACAACAGUCUCAAGGUCAUGUUUGAAGAUGUGAUUGCAGAACCUCCCUCGGUGCGCAGCCUUGAUAAAGUGUGGCUGUGGAGUCAUGCCCUGUUCGAGGUGUCCAGACUGUGGUGCUACCGCUUCAUCUCCCUCCUGCUGGCGGUGCCGGUCUCACUGGCAGCAGGGCUCCUCUUUGCUGUGCUCAGUUGCCUCCACAUCUGGCUGAUCAUGCCAUGUGUGCAGCUCCUUCUCAUCAAUAUGCACUGGGUCCAGACUGUGUGGGCCAACACACUGAACAUUCUUAUCAGCCCCUUCUUUACCAGCAUGGGAAAGUGUUGUGGUCAAAUCAACAUCCUUCUGGCAAAAGAUGAAAACAGAUAG